AUGUCCAACGCUCCACCUCUCCCAACAGCAGGCGGCAAGCCACGCCAACCAGCCAGCAAACGCAUCCCAAUCAUGGCAGAACCCUUCGUCAGUGAAAGAGCCCGCAAAGCCCUCGACAUCGUCGAGAAGUUCGUCGAGGAAGAAUGUAUCCCCGCCGACGCAGUCUACUCCAUGCAGAUGGGCACAGGCGACGGCCGCUGGGACGGCCACCCCUCCGUCCUCGACGGCCUCAAAAAACGAGCUCGCGAACUAGGAAUCUGGAACAUGUUCCUCCCCAAAAACCACUACUCCAACCUCUCCGAGUACGAUCCCACCAAGAGCGCAGGCGGCUUCACGAACCUCGAGUAUGGCCUCAUGGCCGAAUUGCUGGGCCGCAGCCGAAUGGCCAGUGAGGCGACGAACUGCGCGGCACCAGACACAGGAAACAUGGAGGUUAUUGCACGGUAUGGGACGCACGAGCAAAAGGCCAAGUGGUUGAGGCCGUUGCUUGCUGGGGAGAUUAGGUCGGGAUUCUUGAUGACGGAGCCGGAUAAGGCGUCGUCGGAUGGGUCGAAUAUUUCGUUGAAUAUUAGGAAGGAGGGGAAUGAGUUGGUGUUGAAUGGGAGUAAGUGGUGGAGUUCGGGGGCUGGGGAUGAUAGGUGCAAGAUCUAUAUUGUCAUGGGACGAGAUGAUGAUGCUGAUGAUAGUGUGGAUAAGUACAAGAGGCAGAGUAUGGUGUUGGUACCCAGUGAUGCGAAGGGGCUUGUUUGCCAUCGCAUGUUGAGCGUUUAUGGCUACGAUGACGCCCCUCAUGGCCACGGACACAUCUCAUUCAACAACGUCCGCGUCCCUGCCAGCAACCUCAUCCUCGGCCACGGCCGCGGCAACGAAAUCAUGCAAGGCCGUCUAGGCCCCGGCCGCAUCCACCACGCCAUGCGCUCCAUCGGCGCCGCCGAAGUCGCCCUAGAAUGGAUGAUCGCCCGCCUCAACGACGAGCGCAAAGUCCCCUUUGGCAAGCCCCUCCGCGAACACGGCGUGCUCAUCGAGUGGGUCGCCCGAUCACGUCUCGAAAUCGACGCCGCGAGACUCGUGGUGCUUAAUGCUUCAGUGAAGAUCGAUGCUGGAGAUGCUAAAGGUGCGUUGGUCGAGAUUGCUGAGAGCAAGAUAUUGGUGCCGAAGAUGGCGCUGGAUGUCAUUGAUCGGGCCGUGCAGGCUCAUGGCGCAAUGGGAGUGUGUCAGGAUACGCCGCUUGCGAGUAUGUGGGCUCAUAUCCGGACGUUGAGGAUUGCGGACGGGCCGGAUGAGGUGCAUUUGAAUCAGUUGGGGAGACGGGAGAAUAGAGCGAGGGCCGCCGAGUGUAUUGGACGGAUUGAGGAUCAGAAGAGACGGGCGGCUGAGAUGAUGAAGCAGUAUGGUGUGGAGGAGAAGCAGCUUGGUGGAAGUAAGGUGCAGGGUUUUGGUAGUGCGGCUAAAGCGUCGAAGUUAUGA